AUGCAUCCGGCCGGGAGGACCGUCCGACUCUUCACCUGCGUCCACCCGGGCUUCUUCGACAGCAAGGAGUCUGUCGUCGUCCGAGGCAGAGGCUGCCACGCCACGGACCGUCUCCCCCGCAGCAAGAGGCUGAAGGUCCCCGAGCCAAGUCGGCUGAUCAAGGAGAUCUGCGCCUCGCCCGUCGAUAAAGCCGUCCAGUUUUACAUCGAGCACUACGUGAUCAGCCUCCCGGAUGAGCCCAGGGACGGCCAGGAGCUCCGCGAGAUGAAAUGGGUGCACUCGCGCGAGACGCGGGAUAUCAUGUGUGGCGGCCCUUCCCUGGCCCCCAAGCCCGUGCCGACAUCUGGCUAA